CGACGUGCAUAGAAACAACGGUUUCUGAUCGGGAGUGGAAACAUGACAAAAAAUACUUUAUGUUAAAAAGGUGUCAAAAAUCAGGGCACUGUCUGACUUUCUAUGUCAAAACUAUAAAAAAGGUGGAAAAACCUUGUCUUUAAAAGGGAUCAGCAAGCCAUACCUUCUUCUUUCAACAUCAUGACACAUUUCUUAUACUACUCGCUUUUGUCCUUUUAUUACAACUUUUACGUUCAAAAACAAGUCGGACAGCGUAGUAUGACUGAAAAGUUGUGUGCCCACUGGCCAUCGCCAGAUCAACUAUUUUCGUGCUUCACCAGCAAAGACAGAAAUCUGCUGUCUGCUCUGUAUCAGUCUUUGCCUAAUAUCUACAACAUGAAUCAUGACGCUUCUCUGUGUGAUGAUACAGAGGAAGUCACGGAAGCAGAAGAAGAAGAAGAAGAAGAGGAUGAGGAUGAUGAAUUGGAUAUGGAGACGCGCUGUAGUUGUGGUAUCAUUCUCUCCAAUGACGAUAGCUGGUCCUGUGAUAACUGUAGAGUCAGUUGUUCUGGUUGUAAUCGGUCCUUAGUAAAAGGCUUUGAUGAGUACUGUACCCGUUGCUACUAUAAAUGCCAGAAGCAUGGCUUGAUACCCAAAUCCGCUGCAACUGACGGAAAGUGCCCUGCUUGUUCCGUUUAAAGAAUGUGCAUGCAAAACUACGUUUGAUCCUCCCCCUCCCCCUCCCCUUUUUUUUUUGUAUAUCCUCCC